AGUUUCAAGAUGUUUAAGUCGUAUUAUCCUUUGGCCGCAGUGCUGCUGUGUUUUGUCUUCGCCACAGCGCAGGUUGUGCCAAAUUCAGAGAUCGGUCGGAUUACCGUCCAAGUGCCGUUGCUGUCCAAUGGGAAACCAGUGAUCCUUACCAGUCAGGAUAAAGAGGAAGUCGCCUCCGUGCAGGAGAUAAAGCCGGGAAAGGUCCAUGUUGUCCAGGAAGUUGUAGUGCCACCCACUGUGAAGGAGGAGAACAGGGUUAGGACGGCAAGAUCUAUUCGGAAUGCGGGUGAAGUGAACAACCCUGGUAUUCCUAACCAUGGCAUUCCGAAUCCUGGCAUCCCUAAUCAUGGUAUUCCGAAUCCUGGCAUUCCCAACCACGGAAUUCCGAACCGCGGAAUCCCUAACGAUGGCAUUCCUAAUCCUGGUAUUCCAAACCAUGGAAUUCCGAAUCCUGGCAUCCCGAACCAUGGAAUUCCGAACCGCGGUAUUCCCAACGAUGGCAUUCCGAAUCCUGGCAUCCCUAAUCAUGGUAUUCCGAAUCCCGGCAUCCCCAACCAUGGAAUUCCAAACCGCGGAAUCCCCAACGAUGGCAUUCCGAAUCCUGGCAUUCCCAAUCAUGGUAUUCCGAAUCCUGGCAUCCCGAACCACGGAAUUCCGAAUCGUGGUAUUCCCAAUGAUGGCAUUCCGAAUCCUGGCAUCCCUAAUCAUGGUAUUCCGAAUCCCGGGAUCCCUAACCAUGGAAUUCCGAAUCGUGGUAUUCCCAAUGAUGGCAUUCCGAAUCCUGGCAUCCCUAAUCAUGGUAUUCCGAAUCCUGGCAUCCCCAACCAUGGAGUUCCGAAGGUUAGGAAGGCAAGAUCCAUUCGGAAUUCAGGAGAAGUGAGCAACCCUGGCAUUCCCAACCAUGGCAUUCCGAAUCCUGGCAUCCCAAAUCAUGGCAUUCCAAAUCCCGGAACCCCUAACCAUGGAAUUCCGAAUCCCGGGAUCCCUAACCAUGGAACUCCCAAUCCAGGUGUUGCCAGUGCUUCGGAACUUAUGCCUGUUGUCGUGAUGCCACCUGGACGAACCACCUCCAUACCCGCAUUCACAUCCACACCCAUGCCCAAAAAGGUGCCAACAAGGAAUUGCUUCCACCUGCUGAUGGGAGCCAUGACUACAAUGUCUCCAACGGAUAUGAUGACAACGGCUCCUCCAUCGAUGGAAAACUGCGAGCAGUUGUGCACUAAGCUCGAGUUCGUGCCCAUUUGUGCCACCAACGGAGUCUGUGUCCAUGAGUUUGCCAAUCAGUGCGUAAUGGACACCUUCAAUUGCAAAAACCGGGAUUCGACCUUCCGUGCUGUGGAAGAGGAUGUCUGCCGACUGGGAGUCUGCAUGAGGCGAUGCAAGGAGGAGGACCUCAAGCCUUGAAAUACCAGAAACUAAGAG